AUGGCGGCGCCACGCAGAGCACCCACUCCGCUGCGCUCCUCGACCUCCUCCUCGCCUCUCGAAGCUAUGAUUGCCUCUAAACAGGCCCACAUAGAAGAACUCGUUACGCAAACACGCACGCUCGAGCAUACAAUCUCCAAGCUGCGGGCGGCCCUCGGCGAGGAGCAGGUGCGGGCACAGGACGCGGUCUCCGCGUUGCAGAAGCGGUGGAAGGCAGAGCGCGCGGAGUGGCGCGACGGUUGCGAGACACUGCAGGCCGCACACCGCAUCGCACACCUGCGUACCGCCGUAGAGCUCGACCGCGAGCGCGUGUCUGUGCUCAAGGAACGGGAGGAAGUGCGCCGCGAGCGGCUCGCGCGUCUGCAGCGCGACUUCCGCCUCGUCACGUUCCAACUGCGCGAGACGGAGCUGGAAGAACGCGUCGCGACAUUAGAGGCCGAGAUUGGGGAUGCGGAGCGUGCUGUCGAGAGGGAGAGACAGAAGCUGAGUGAUGAGGUGGAUGGCAAGGCAGGCGCUUUGGAGGCAAGGUGCGAAGGCCUUGCGGCACAGCUUCGCGACUCUGCAAAAGAUUUGACCGACGCGCUUAAGGAGAAAGCUGAUGUUAAGGACGCCAUUUCUCGGCUCAAGACCGAGCACAAUGCCUUGGUGGAUUCUUCCAAGAAGACUGAGUCCACGCUUGAGCGAACAACACUCCACCUAGAUGGCCUCAAGUCCACGCACGCGGAGCUGGAGAAGAAGCACGGUGAGGCCGAGCAAACUGUGGUUGAGCUCCGCCGGCAGCUCGAGAAGUGGCACAAACUUGAGAGCCGUGAAGGCGCUGAAAUGGACGCUCUCCGCCGUGAGCGCAUGGGACUUGUGGUGCAGGUGGAGACACUGCAGACGCAGGUCAAGGAGCUCGAGGAACGAGCGGAAGAGUUGGAAGGCACGGCUGAGACUGCAACAGAAAAGAGGAAGCAGAAAGACGAAGAAUACCGGGAAGCAUUGGACGAGUGGAAGAUAGCACUCGAGGAAGCUCAAGAAAAGGAAGAGAAACUGGAAGCGGAAGCAGAGGAACUAAGGGGGCAGCUGGAGGAUGCGCAGAAAAAGAUUAAGGCCCUGAAGGUUCAUCUGAGCACGACGAAGACAGAAGCGAGGCAGGCUACGGUUGAACUACAUUCUACACGUGAAUCAAGUCCUAAGGCAGUCAAGAAGAUGAAGCAGUCGAAGCGUACACCACCCGUCCGCGAGCUCUCGUCAACCUCUGAGAAGGAAGUGGAUGAAGUCGAAGAAGUGGUUGUGGCGCCUUCUCCUUCACCCCAGCCGAAACGCAAUAGCCGUUCCAAGCCGCGCAAAGCUCAGAAGGUUGAUUCCACAUCGCCGAAACUUGCCAGAAACCUUGACGUCGACAGCGAUGAGGAGAUUCAGGAAGUCGAACCUCCAAAGAAGACCAAGAGGCAACCGAAACCUCAGAGCAAGAAUGGGAACGGAGACUCACGGACAGGCAAAAGUAAAACCAAAAGGAAACCCAGAAAAGACGAGGACGAGGAAGAGGUUGAGGUUGAGGUUGAGAUCGUCGAGGAUAAACGCAUAGCCGGCAGAAAGGGCAAGCGGAAGGCCGAGGUUCUGGAAGAGGGGGACGUGGAGGAACCCAAGCCAGCCAGGAAGCGGAAUAAGAAAAAGAGUGGCGACGAGGACGAGGACGAGGAUAGCGGCACAAGGAACAAGGUACGACCGAAGGCCAAAGCUGCCACCGCAGCGAAACCUUCCUCGAAGGAUGCCCGCCGGAAGCCACCAGGUCGGGCACAGAGCAAGCAACCUCGACAGGACGACAGCUCGGACGAGGCGGUCGUUAUAGGUGAUGGCACUCCUAAGAACAAGAAGCGGAGGCUCAACGUGUUCCCGACGGUCGCACCGAUGAAGUUUGAUUGGAAUCCGCUCGCGACGAGUGAGGGAAGUCUGAACAUCCCAACAGAAUUGUCUCCCGUCAAAGAAAGCGAUGCGAUACCUCCAAGAACUUCAGCGGCAUUCAGAGCCGUGGGCUCAAUGUUUGGGAGUUUCGGGAGUCGGCGGUAA